UUCAUGAGUUUGUUUUGGUUCUUCUUUUUUGUUACGGAAAAUUUUUAAGACCACAAAAAAAAGUAUUUUUUUGUAUAUUAAUUAUUCAGAAUUAAUUAACAAGGCAUUUUUUUUAAAUAAACACAAGAAAAACAAGUUAAUAAAGUUUAUAGAAAUCUAGUUAUAACAUAAAAUGUGGACUAAAUUCAAUGACAAUAUGAUGGAUGAACAAUUAAUCGAUGAAGUGGCCCACCAUGCUGUCAUAUACAAUCGACAAAAGUAUUAUCUUAAUGGCAGCACAAAUGGCAAUGGCCCGGUAGCGGCUAAUAAGUAUGAAACAAAAGAUGAGGCUUGGUCCUCGAUAGCAAUGAAGUUAAGAAGUGAUGUGGAAACUUGCAAAAAACGCUGGAAAUAUUUGCGAGAACGUUAUGUGAGUCAACGUAAACAGGGUGAUCCUCCGGUCUAUGAGCACUUAUCGAGACCGUAUUUGGAGAAAAUGAAAUUCUUAGAUUCGCACAUACAACCCAGAAAAUCGUAUAGAAAUGUACCGAACUUUUUGACCUCUCCCCAUUCGGCCAACAGCUCCAAUUUUAAUGACUACAAUAUGGAUUCCAAGUCGAAUAGUUCUAUGAAAAGUAUGGGACAUUUUGGUCAACAUGGACAUCAUUUCCCUGACCAGCAACAUGCUAUGAGUGCUUUGAGUUCUGCAGCCGCUGCGGCCUCAGCUUUAGAGGGUGAUAGCCGUGUUAAACUAGAAGCUGAUCAAGUAUUUCGAGAUUUUGCCGCAGCAGUGGCUUCACAGCAUCUACAGCAGAUAUCUCAAUCACAAAUGCAACAUCAGCAGACUGUGGCUGCCGCCAUGGCAGCCGAUUCUUCACAAAAUUACAAUGAUCACUUUCGUGAAGCUGCCGGCUCAGCUUUGUCUUCUGUUGUGGGAGGAACAGGCAACUUAAAUGGCUCUGCCGUUGCUGCAAAUACAGGCAGUGGUUUGCAUUCGUCUUCUUCAUCCAUAAAGUCACCUUUAUCAUCGCCUUUAGGAGCUUCUAAUCAUCAUAAUGGCAGCACGAGUGCUGGACACUCAACCCCCCAACAAGCCGCUGCACAUUCCUCUUCCUCCAAUACGCCCGGGAAUGCAGCCACCAAUAAUAAUACUAACCAUCACUUUAAUAACCAUUCCUUUAAUGAUUCCCAUAAUGAUGAUAUGGAUUCCUCCACCUCUAGUAAUUAUAAUAUGAAAAAACCACGCGUACAACUCAAUACUAGUGCAGCAACAACUACAGCCACCACACAACUGCAGCAGCAACAGCAGCAGAACACUAGCAAUAAUAGUCAUCACAAUUCCCACAACAAUCUCAACACUAGCAGCAACAAUAACUCACACUUUGUAGACGAUUCUGAUGAUGAUGAUACCGAUGACAACAGCUCCUCUUUGUUGCAACCUCAGGCCAUGCUUAAUGAACAUCAUACCGCCGAAAAUCCUUUUCAAACUAUGGCUGCCACCACCUCAAAUGCUGCACUACAGCGUUCUCACUCUAACUCCUCUAUGAACAAUCAAAAUAACUUGGGCAACAGCAAUAUCAAUCACAAUAACAACUCACAGGCCUCAUCUUCCAAUAUGUUUUCCUCAAAUGCUGAUUUUCUCUUUCAACUCUAUCAACAAUUGCCUCAACAUCAUCACUCGCAUCAGCAGCAACAGCAUAAUAGUAAUGUAAGUCCUACACAACAGUUUAAUAAAUUCCAAGUGCCACCUACACCACAACCAAGCAUACAGCGUAGUUCGGAACAUUUAUUGGGCGAACUAGUGACAACGGAACUUUUGAAAAUGUCCAAGGAAAGACGUAAAAAUGUGCAGAAACGUAUUUUGGAAAUAUUAUUCUUUGACGACUAAGCAAUGCGUUAGCGAGAAAGGAGAUUUUAAAGACUCAGUUUUUCUACUACAUAUGAACUAUUAUAAUUAUAUAUAAAAGAAAAGAACAAAAGCAUAUCUUAAGAUAUUUCCAUAUACAACCAGGUCUUUGAAAAGGCGCAAAAAGACACUAACUUAAGUACAUAAUGUUAAAACAUAGCGUUUCAACUUUUUUGUUUUAUUUUCAUGUAGCCAGUGUUAAGAUUUAAAGUAUUUCAUUUUUAAUUUUUACCAUUUGUUUUAAUGUUUAUUAAAGUAUUCAUUCCACUUUUUUAUGCAAAAAGUAAAAUUUUAAAAAAAGGAGCAAAAUAUCCCACCUAUUUUUAAGUAAAAUAUAUUUUAAUUUGUUUUAAACUUAAGAUGCGUAUUUUAUUUGAUAUACAACCUCUAUUUUGUCUAUGUACUUCCUAAUUUCUAGUCAGUAUAUUUGUCAUUAAUUUCCAAUAUUGUAUUUUUUUCCCAUCACCCAACCAGCUAGAUUUAUUAAAUGUAUUUAUCUAUGACUUUUAGUUAAGAAAGUAAAUUUCUUUUUAUUAAAACUAUUUAUAAUAUAUUUUUUAAGCUAAGCUUUAAUGGUUUUAUGUUAAAUAAUGUAAUA